GUUUAUUUUGAAAGACGGAAACUACCGACUCGCUAGCUUUCCUCAUAGGUUUGACUUGUCCUGCAGUGUCCUCCAAAUAAAUCAGUGGAUUUGGUUUGUGGUCGGGUCAGGACGCGGGACAGCAGCAAAUAUGGUCCUUGACGAGAAAGUGAUCACGAACGGAGAACCAGACGAUGAAGAAGAAGAAGAGGAGGAGGAAGACUUAGUGGAUCCCCUGGAAACGAUGCGCGAAAAGUGUGCUGAGAUCGAGCACUGCGUACAUACUCAAGCACGUCUGGAGCAAUGUGAGACCAGAGUGAACGCUCGCUCCUCCACAACGGAAGACUGCACCGAGGAGCUUUUUGACUUCCUCCAUGCUAGGGACCAUUGUGUGGCGCACAAACUCUUUCAUUCAGUGAAAUGAAUUCCCUCUUGCAAUUGGCAGUGCCAGUGGCCCUUAAGGAGAGAAUGGUUCUAAAUGCAUCUAAAAUAUUUACUGUAUGUAUAUGUCUAUGCUGUAUGUUGUUUUAUCUGUAUGAUCAUGUGAGGAAACUGCAGAGCAAGUGGAAGCAAUAAUUAAAGUGAAAGGCUCAAGACAA